AUGGAAGAAUACGGGGAAAUUAAUUUAACUAAUCAAGAGUUGCAAAUGUUGUCGGAUUUAGACAGUCGAAUGUAUGGAUUUUUGAAGUUAAAUGAUCCAAAAGAAGAAAAGAAAAAAACAUUAGUUUUAAAAGCAAUAAAGUACCUCGAAAGGAUGUUAAUGCAAAUGCAGAAAGAAAAAGCAGAAGAUGAAUCCUCAAAAGCAAUCAGCAUUGAUUCCAAAACUUAUUGCAAACUAGGACAUUUCCAUUUAUUAUUGGAAAACUAUUCUAAAGCAAUGUCUGCAUAUCACAAAUAUUAUAAUGAUGCAGAAACUAACCAUUGGAAAGAUGCUAAUUUUUUGUAUGGGCUCGGUCUUGUAUAUUUUCACUUCAACUCAUAUCAAUGGUCUAUUCAGUUUUUUCAAAAAUUACUUUAUAUUGACCCAAAUUACCAACGGGCCAAUGAAGUACAUCUUAGAUUGGGUUUGAUGUACAAAGUGUUUAAUGAGUGGGAAACAGCAUUAAAACAUUUAAAACACGCAUAUUCAGAUGUUAGUUUAAGCACAUUUUCCAAACUUGAAAUAAGCUUCCAUAUUGCACAUUUAUAUGAAGUACAAGGAAAGUACAAGUUAGCUAAAGAUCAUUAUGAACAACUCUUAAACGAUUCAAAAAUUACUGUUCAUCUACGUGCCGAUAUUUGUAGACAGUUAGGAUGGAUGUACCACAGUUGUGAAUGUCUAGGGGAUAAAAAUCACCGUGAAACCGUUGCUAUUCAAUAUUUGCAAAAAUCUAUUGAAGCUGAUAACAAAUCAGGACAGUCACUUUAUUUAUUAGGCCGUUGUUAUGCAAGUGUCGGAAAAGUUCAUGAUGCAUUUAUAGCAUAUCGUAAUUCUGUUGAAAAAUCUGAAGGAAAUGCUGACACAUGGUGUUCCAUUGGAGUACUCUAUCAACAACAGAACCAGCCUAUGGAUGCAUUGCAAGCAUAUAUAUGUGCAGUGCAAUUAGAUAAAGGCCAUAGUGCAGCUUGGACUAAUCUUGGUAUAUUGUAUGAAAGUUGUAACCAACCAAAAGACGCUCUUGCUUGUUAUGUUAAUGCAACAAAAGGUAAUGCUGUAGUUAGUGAAACGUUGAUUAAAACGACCUUAAAUGUUCCAGCAUCUGCAAUAUCGAACAUGAAUCCUAAUCUUGGUCAACGUAUUAAGUUUUUACAAACUCAUUUAUGCAAUGCGCCAAUGCCUAGUAUUACUAGCAAGCGACGACAAUUACCUUCAAUUGAAGAGGCUUGGAAUUUACCAAUUUCAGCAGAAAUGUCUUCAAGACAACAACAACAGCAACAGCAACAACAACAACAACAGCAGCAUCAGCAACAACAACAACAACAACAGCAGCAGCAGCAACAACAAAAGACUAUACAAACACCAUAUCAAAAAUCUCAGGAUAUGAUUGCUACACCCCAUGGGCAACCUCCUCCUCCUCCUCCUCCUUAUAAUUCAUCUAAAUCAGAUAACCCAUUAGAAAAUAAUACCAAAAGAAUCAAAGUUGAACCUCAAACUGGCAGUAACAGUAAUCCUCCUCAACCUGCAUUUUAUUUAAAUAGUCUGCAACUUCAGACAAUGAAUGUUCUCCAAGAAAAUUCUAAUAAUUUAUCACAUAAACAACAAGCAUUGCUACAACAGUUGCAAAAUAACUAUCGUAUGAUGCAACAACAUCAACAGCAAUUGCGGUUGAAACAACAACAACAAAACGACACUAGUCAACAAGAACAAUAUCAAAAUCCUACAGUGAUAAAACAGUUCUCUGACCAAAGCCGAGGAGACUCAAAAUCCAAUGAUUCAAUUGAUGGUUCAAAUGAAAAUCAAGAGUUGGAUAGAGAAUUGCAAGCUCUCCUAUCCCACAAAGAAUUAACUACUUCAUUAGCUGAAGAUUUGCUCAAACAGUUUGGUUCAUCAGAUGAAUUGGAUAUUAAAAAUAAACCUAAUACUUCUACAUCACCUCAAGAAGUCAAAACUAUACAACAGCCUACAACUGAAAAGGUAGUUAGAUAUCAAGAUUCAAGUUCAUCGGAUACCGAUUAUUCUUUGGACUUAACUGCUGAGGAGGUUUUGGAAACUGCCGAGAAAGAAACAGGACCUGGUAUGUGGAACAGAAAUGUAUUGAGUCCAAAUGGGCCUCCACCUACACCUCCAGAACCUCCUCCUCAACAAUUGACACGUGAACAAUUACUGCCAUCUACUCCAUCAGUCAUGCUUGAAAAUAAAAAAGACGCAUUUAGUCCAAGAUUACAAGAAUUUUGUUUAAAAAAUCCUAUUGCUGUUGUUCGAUGCUUAGCUGGUGCCCUAAAAUUAGAUUUGGGAUUAUUUUCAACUCGAACAUUAGUAGAAACUAACCCAGAUCAUUCUGUUGAAGUUCGAACACAAGUCAUGCAGAACAGUGAUGAUAACUGGGAUGUGAAACAAAAUCGAAGAGGGUGGGCUUGUAUUAGCCAUAGAUCACAUACAACCAUUGCUAAAUAUGCUCAAUACCAAGCUUCCAGUUUUCACGAAUCAAUAAGAGACGAAAAAGAUGGUAUACCAAGCGUUCAUUCAGUUCCUAAUUCAAAUUUAUCCGACUCUGAUUCUAAAGACUCAAUUACUAUGGAAAAAAAACGGAAAAAAAAUAUCAAUUUACCUGGUGUGAAACCUCCUGCUGGUAGUAAAAUGCUGAAGUUUGGAACUAAUGUGGAUUUGUCUGAUGAGAAAAAAUGGCGUCCACAACUUCAAGAACUUACUAAACUACCAGCAUUCGCACGAGUUGUUUCUGCUGCUAAUAUGCUUUCACAUGUUGGACAUUCAAUAUUAGGCAUGAAUACUGUUCAGUUAUACAUGAAAGUUCCUGGUAGCCGAACACCUGGGCAUCAAGAGAAUAACAAUUUUUGUUCGAUUAAUAUUAAUAUUGGCCCUGGUGAUUGUGAAUGGUUUGCUGCACCCGAUGCUUACUGGGGUGUCAUUAAUAACCUUUGUGAAAAGUACGGAUUAAAUUACUUACAUGGGUCUUGGUGGCCACUGGUUGAAGAUUUACUUGCAGCAAAUGUCCCUUUGUAUAGAUUUUUACAAAGACCCGGUGACAUGGUUUGGGUUAAUUCAGGUUGUGUCCAUUGGGUUCAGGCUGUUGGUUGGUGUAAUAAUAUUGCAUGGAAUGUGGGUCCUUUAACGGCUAGACAAUAUCAUCUUGCUAUCGAACGUUAUGAGUGGAAUAAACUGCAAAGUUAUAAAAGUAUUGUACCAAUGAUUCAUUUAAGUUGGAAUUUAGCAAGGAACAUAAAAGUAUCAGACCCAAGACUUUAUGAUCUUGUUAAAAUGUGCUUGAUGUGUUCUCUUCGGCAAUGUGGUAUAACCUUGGAAUUUAUAAAGGUUAAAAAAAUACAAACCCGUUUUCAUGGUAGAGGCAAAAAUGAAGCUUCACAUUAUUGUCAUGACUGCGAUGUGGAAGUAUUCAAUAUUCUUUUAAUCCGUGAACAAGAGAAAAAACAUUGCGUUUAUUGUGUUAUUUGUGCGAAGAAACAAUCUCCGAAUUUGGAAGGGUUUGUCUGUCUAGAAGAGUAUAAAAUGUCUGAACUAAUAGAAAUCUACAACAGUUUUAUAUUACAUUGUCAUACUACACCUGUACUGCCACCUAGUAAUAAUACUGUAGCGCAAUUAACUCACAUUUGA